AUGUCCGGAGCAUUCGCAUUUAUUCGAGCCUUGAACCAGAAAAUUAGGUCAAACAAGGUCUCUGAUUACUUCUGUUCUACCCACUUCUGGGGCCCAGCCUCAAAUUUUGGAACCCCAGUCGCGGCAAUCCUUGAUACCUACAAGAGUCCAGAUUUGAUCUCUGGUCCUAUGACAGGCGCUCUCACCAUAUACGCCUUCACUUUCAUGCGCUACUCCCUAGCCGUCACCCCCAAGAACUAUCUGCUCUUCGCGUGCCACUUCCUGAAUGCAGGAGCCCAGCUGACUCAGAGUUGUCGAUGGACGCAAUAUUACUACGGCGAGGAUAGCAAGGAGAGGGAGAAGGGGGGCCUGGGUAUUACCAAUUAG